ACGAAGACCUGGGUGGAUCAUGGACAUGGUUUGAUGAGGAAAUGCUUAUCCACAUCAUUGUGAGAUGAAGUUGGAGGCCCUGCGUCAGGAAGAGAGAGGACACAUAUCGGGUAACUUUUGACGUCCAUCUAUUGUUUAUUUGCGACUUGCCGGAGAAAGGUGUGCAGCCUGAUUCGAAGCUGUUCAUGACGGAAACGAUGGCGCUGAGUGGAAACUGUAGGACUAACCCCAAAGAGCAGACAUCAGUUCAGAACAGUUUCCCAGAUGUUGUUGAAUUAAACGUGGGGGGGCAGGUUUAUUACACGCGUCACUCAACUUUGAUAAGCACCCCCAAUUCAUUGCUCGGAAAGAUUUUCUCCUCCAAAAAAGACGCAUCCAAUGACUUGGCGAGAGACCCCAAGGGUCGAUAUUUCAUCGACAGAGAUGGCUUUUUAUUCCGAUAUGUGUUGGACUACCUCCGAGACAAACAAGUUGUCCUCCCGGACCACUUUCCAGAAAAAGGGCGGCUGAGGAAAGAGGCAGAGUACUUCCAGCUGCCCGACCUGGUGAAGCUCCUGACCCCGGAGGACAUCAAGCACAGCCCGGACGACUACUUCCACAGCGACUAUGAAGACGGCUCCCAGGGCAGCGACCACCGACAGUGCCCCCCGCCAUCCCUGGUCCCCGCGGACAGGAAGAGCGGAUUCAUCACGGUGGGGUACCGAGGGUCGUGCACGAUGGGCCGGGAGAGCCAGACCGACGCCAAGUUCAGGAGGGUACCACGGAUACUAAUAUGCGGCAGGGUGGCCCUGGCUAAAGAAGUGUUCGGGGAAACUCUGAACGAGAGUCGGGACCCGGACAGGACCCCGGAUCGGUACACCUCCCGGUUUUACCUCAAAUUCAAACACCUGGAGAGGGCUUUUGACAUGCUGUCGGAGUGUGGUUUCCAAAUGGUGGCCUGCAACUCAUCGGUCACUGCCUCGUUUGUCAACCAGCACACAGAGGACAAGGUCUGGUCCAGCUACACAGAAUACGUCUUCUACCGUGGCCCGUCGCGUUGGUCCUCCCCUCCGUGCGACUGCUGCUGCAAGAACCACAAAGGCGACGGCGAAGGCGAGAGCGGCACCUCCUUCAACGAGCUCUCCACCUCCAGCUCGGAGAGCCAGUCCGAGGCCAGCUCUCCCCAGGGAACGGUCAUCUGCGGCCCGGUCAGCCGCCAGUCCCACCCGCACGCCAACGUCCAAACGCUGGACCGGCCGCUGAAGAAGGGCCCCGUCGCCAUGCUCCAGCAGUCCGAGCAGCGGCGGAAAAGCGACCUGCUGCGCACGCUCACGGCCAGCUCGCGAGACACCAGCACCUGCAAGAAGAGGCCAACGAAGGAGAAGCUGACGGUAGAGGAGGAGCUGGAGAAGUGCAUUCAAGACUUCCGCAAGAUCAAGAUCCCGGAGAGGUUUCCCGAGAGGAAGUACAUGUGGCAGGCCGACCUGUUGAGAAAGUACCGCCUCUGAGGCGGGAGGCCGGACCGACGAGCGAACACACGAGGCCAAGGAUCAGUUUACCUGUUUUUUCAUCGUGACUUUUACAACAAAAAGAGAGGAAACAUUGUUUGAAUUCGCUUCAUGUCUGUAGGAUGAACAUCUACA